ACCUGCAGCACGCUUCAGUCUCGUUACGUCUCUGGCGGAAGACGCGCGCGCAGUCAUGGACAACAAAUAUUGACACUUAUAAAACUGUCAAACACGAUUGUGACCAUUUCAACACUGUUGUGAUUAACUAUGUUAUAUUAUUAUUGAUGUUUGGUUUGACAGUGCCAGCAAAAAGUGGUCAAUUUUUAAGGAUUUCGUAGCUGAAAAGGAUUUCCGAUUCAAUAUGGUCGUGCGAUCCCGUCUUCGUGCCCAGUGGUGGCUACCAACAGUCCUGAUAGUGACUAUUGUUCAAGGCACACGUGGUCAAUGCCCGUGGAUGGAAAACCCAGAUUUACAAGCGACCUGUGUGUGUGCUUUCAAUUUAGCAAGACAGCUCUCAGUGCAAUGUGACCAGGUAGAUUUUCCGACACUACUAUCAGCAUUGAAUUCUAGCGCUGGAAAAAUUUCCAUAGACUUGCUAUAUAUAAACAAUGCGACGAUUUCGUCACUAACCAGUGAUAUGUUUCGAAAUUUAGCUAUUUACAAUCUACAAAUAUCUGGCUGCAAGUUGAGGAAGAUCGAAAGCAACGCCUUUAACGGGCAAGGCCAGUACUUAAAGAAUUUGAAUCUACAAGACAACGAAUUAUCGGAGGUGCCUGUGAAAGCACUGAGAAUAUUGACAAACUUAUCUCUGUUAGAUCUGUCAAAAAACAAGAUAACGCUAAUCGAAAACUAUUCGUUUUCUACCCUUCAGGAAUUAACAACUUUAAAAUUAUCCGACAAUAAUGUAACACUAGCACCGCAAGCCUUAGCUGGUUUGGAAAAUUCUCUUAAAAAUCUUAAUUUAAAAGGAACAAGACAGAAGUCUGUUCCAGAAUGUAUACGAGGUCUACGAAGUCUUGCCUUUCUUGAUCUGUCACAGAAUAGUAUACGAGAACUACCAGGCCCUGACGGCCCUCAAACUUUUGAAGGAUUAGAUUCUCUUACGGCUCUCAAUUUAGAACGAAACUUACUUGUAAAUUUAAAACAUGGAGCAUUUUUACAAAUCAAAAACACGCUGAGCUCGUUAAGUUUACUAAAUAACCUUUUACCAGAAUAUCCAACAGAAGCAAUAUCCGUGUUAUCAGAGUUGAGAGUGCUUGAUAUAGGUUUUAAUUUACUCAACAAGAUACCUUCAGAUGCCUUUUUAAAGAAUCCGUCAAUAACCUUACUGGCAUUAGAUGGUAAUCCAUUGCCAACUGUGCCAGAAAAGGCUUUGGCUCAUCUAAAUUCUACAUUGAGAGGUCUUAGUCUUGGCGGCAGAUUCUUGAACUGUGACUGUAAAUUACGAUGGAUUAUCGAAUGGAUUCGUAAUGGCGAACUACAGGUCACUUCACGCGAGAGAAAUCCACAAUUCUGUGGAAACCCACCAGCAUUCCGAGAUCGUGGUUUUUACAGUUUUGAGCCGAAUGAGUUAGUAUGUGAUCAUGAUACAACUGAAAUAGUACAAUCAACUCUCAAGUAUAGUGAUAUAAGUUACACGACAACGUCGCCGGUGACAACUGCACAAGCAACUACUCCCGCAUCAACUACCUUUAAUGUUCCUUUGAACAGUGAAUUUAAUGAAUCGUCAACAAUUAAAUCUUCUAGCACAACUCCGGUAACUACCACUACGAAUAAACCAAGUCGCAACCCAGCAGUACGUCCGGCUGGACCAAAUUGGAGACAUGCACCAAACCAAAGACCCCCAUUAGUCAUGAAUUUCCCACAACAGAAACCAAGUAUAGAUGACUCUAACGAAGUGAAAGUAAAAAAUGCGUACAGACAGGAUAACUCUGUUAUUAUUCAGUGGGAUUCAGAUGUUGCUAAUAUUCUCGGCUUUCGGGUAGUGUAUCGUUUAUUUGGAGAUAAAAGUUUCAAACAGGGACCACCACUUGAAGCUAGCGAAAGAGAAUUCAAAAUUAAGAAUGUUCCAUCUCAGGAAUGCAUCGUUGUUUGCGUUAUUUCUUUAGAAGAAAUACACAUAAGCCCAGAAACUGUGCCUUACACACAGUGUAGAGAAGUGCGCACGGUAUCUGCAGCUGCUACUAAUAUGGAUAAAAUCACUAUAGCAGCCAGUGCAGCAAUAUGUGGCACCAUUGUUGUAGCUGUUCUUGUCUUCGCAGCUGCAUCACGUCGUCGUUCCAGAACCGUUCACCGCUUACACUCACAACUUCCCGAAAAAGUACCAAACUCGUGCUGUGGUGGACUUGCUGGAACUCCAAGUCCGAGUGGCCCAUUAUCUUCUCUUGCUACAAUAGGUGCCUUUGGUAAACAGCGCGAAUGGGAUCAAGUGUCAGCGUAUAGUGCGAGAUCAAUACCUCGCGCACGAUCUUACACAGAACCUCCACCACCGGAGACAGUACCAGGUAGGCCUGGAAGGGCAAGAUCUUUAGCAGAUGGUCAGUCACAACACAGCUACUCUGCCCGCUAUGGAGCUUCAGGAUACCCAACGAGUUUAUUAGGAUCACGAACUGAUCUACGCCAAUCACGACAGUCUUUAGGGGGAGCUUCUGAAAGAGCGUCCCGUUUAUCCUUAAGCGGAGCUGCGGGUGGAGCUACAAGCGGUACAUCAGGGUCUAGAAGGAGACCGAGAUCUCGCUCGCGACCUGCCAGUCGCUAUAGCGUUGGUUCUAUUGGAAUGGGUUACUGUGAUACUUCGGAUAAUUGGACUGAUCACGAUAUGGAUAUAUACAUGACCCGUAAUGCAACAGCCAGAGGCGGUUUAGUGCCCUUAUAGUGGAAAAGUGAUGAAGUGUGGGAAAUCAUUUUGUGCAAACACUGCUCACAGCCACUGAACAGCGCGAAAGCGUGCACUUUCUGGUGCAAACGCCAUAACCACACUCAUCUUCAACAGGAUCGUUACAACCAAGAAAAAUCUAACAUUUGCCAAUAAAUGUCAUAGACUAACUAUAUGCAAGAUCACGUCGGACCAUAUAGUUGUUUACUAACAAAUUUCACACAAACUUUGAUCCGAGAAUUAUAAGUUAAUUCUCAGGUUACAUGUGUAAAUUAUAUUUGAUUUUUUUUUAAGAAAUAAAAAUGUACAUAGUAAAUUUUAAAUGUUAUAAGAUAGCUUAUAUAUAAUAAGAGGUCUAUGAAAGCGCAAUCCAAAUGGUGCUAAUAAAUAAGUUUGUAAUAAAUAUAUUUUUGUGUAUAUAGAAUAAUUAGUGUAAAAAUAAAGUAUAAUAAAAACA